AUGCAGUUUGGCAAAGCCCUCGGCACGGCAUGCAGCUCCUUCGCCAUCACCAACAUCGAUGACCUGUUCGUCCUCGCCACCUUCAUGGCCGAGGCCUCGACCGACCGCGCCAUGACGCCUGCCAAAAUCACCGUCGGCCAGUAUCUCGGCUUCACCGUCAUCAUGGCCGUCAGCAUCACCGGCUUCGGCCUCUCCCUCGUCCUUGCCCCGGAGCCCCUCGGCUUCCUCGGCUUCCUCCCCAUGCUCCUCGGCACCUGGAACCUGGCCGGCCUGUUCACGCCGAGCGGAAAUGGCCGACAAGGCGGCCACGACCCCGCCCCGCGACUCAAGUCCGCGAGGACCGUGUGCAAGGUAGCUGCCGUGACGGUCAUGAACGGCGGCGACAACAUCGGCACGUACAUCCCGCUGUUCUCGCAGGCCGAGGGGGCCGAGGUUGCCGUCUACGCCGUCGUGUACUACGUGCUGCUGGGGGCGUGGUGUCUGGCCGCCUUCCUGGCCAUGAGGCAGCGGCGUGUGCUGAGGGCGGCGGAGAAAUACGCCGUGUACGUGGUGCCGCUGCUGUACGUCGGGCUCGGGGUCUACAUCGUUGCCAAGUCCGGCUGCUACCCGUGGGCGGUGGAGCGCAUCGACGCGGCGAGGGGAUCCGGCGCAGGGAAGCUGGUCAUGGCGCUGGUGACGACCGGCGUGCUGCUGGCCUGCGUGGGGGCCAUGACCUUGUGCCGGUACCGGUGCAGCAGGACGGAAGGCCGGGCGACGGCCGGCCACGAGCUGGACAUUCCGCUGCCGGAUGCUGUGCCGGAUGCUGUGCCGGAUGCUGUGCCGGAUGCUGUGCCGGAUGCUGUGCCUGGUGCUGUCUCAGCACCGCCGUCUGGCCACCGGACGAACCGGCGAGGGGCUGAAGAAGCGCCUCCAGAAGAACCGAGUCGUAGUUCCGACGCUUCACAGCCGCAACGAUGA